UAACAGUCUUUUAGGAAUUUUUUCCUACUAACAACUUUCCAUACUCAAAAAUAAAAAGAUAUACUGGCCCAAGAUCUGCAACUUUGUAAACUAAAUUUGAGUUUUAAUUACUAUCUAGAACGCUUGUUGAAUAUUCAUUGAAGAGUAGAACUUUUGAACAAGGUGGACACUUUUUUCGUUUUGCUGGAGUGGAACAUAUACUCAGCACACAUCAAAUUUGGAACCAGUUUUCUUCGUUUUAUAGCUAAGUGAAAUCGACUCGUGAUGGUUCUCCUGUCACUGUGUUUAGUUGUAGCUGGAAUUACAGUGAGCCUGACUUCAGCUGACAAGGCUGGCGAAGUAGAUAAAGAAGAAUUCCUGAAGAGCAGGCUGAGAGAGUAUGGACUGAUCACGCCCAUCAGCACGGACUCGGAGGGACACUACCUGUCGCACCUUCUCUCCGCCAACCACAAGCAGCGCGUCAAGAGGGACUUGACCCAGGGGUGGGCGCCGAAGAGCGAGCAGCUCUUCUUCAACGUCACGGCCUUCGGGAAGGAGUUCCACCUGCGCCUGCGCCCCAACAACAGGCUGGUGGCCCCCGGCGCCAUGGUGGAGUGGCAUGACGAGGUCGAGGGCUUCGGGAUCUUCAUCAACGACACCGAGGGUGGGAACCAGACCAGCACCAGUGCGGAGAGGAUACUGAAGAGGGAGCUCCUCCAAACCGACUGCACAUUUAUUGGAGACAUCACCGACGUCCCUGGGGGCUCUGUCGCCAUUAACAACUGUGACGGACUGGCUGGUAUGAUUCGCACCGACUCGGAUGAAUACUUCAUUGAGCCGCUGGAGAGAGGCACACAGGAGCACGAGGAGCAGGGGCGGGUCCACGUGGUUUACAGGAGAUCGGCCGUCCUGAAGCCUUCCUCAGACGUGUCCAUUGACUACCAGGUCAACGAUCCAGAGCUGGAAGUCUCGGGAGCCUUGCACAGCAUUGCCGAGCAGGUGAACAAAACGGUCCGGAAGCGCAGGCAUGCCGGCGAUGAUGACUACAACAUCGAGGUGCUCCUGGGGGUGGACGACUCCGUCGUGCGCUUCCACGGGAAAGAACACGUUCAGAACUACCUGCUGACCCUCAUGAAUAUCGUGAAUGAAAUUUAUCAUGAUGACUCAUUGGGUGUCCACAUCAAUGUGGUCCUUGUGAGGAUGAUCAUGCUAGGAUACGCAAAGUCCAUCAGUCUCAUAGAGAGGGGGAACCCCUCGCGGAGCCUGGAGAAUGUCUGUCGCUGGGCGUUCGUCCAGCAGAAGGCUGACCCGGAACAUUCUGAGCACCACGACCACGCCAUCUUCCUGACCCGCCAGGGCUUCGGGCCCACCGGCAUGCAAGGGUACGCCCCAGUGACAGGAAUGUGCCACCCUGUCCGGAGCUGCACCCUCAACCACGAAGACGGCUUCUCCUCUGCCUUCGUAGUGGCCCACGAGACGGGACAUGUGCUGGGCAUGGAACACGAUGGGCAGGGGAACCGCUGUGGGGACGAGACGGCCAUGGGAAGUGUGAUGGCCCCUCUGGUGCAGGCGGCCUUCCACCGCUAUCACUGGUCCAUGUGCAGCGGGCAGGAGCUGCGUAGAUACAUACACUCCUAUGACUGUCUCUUGGAUGACCCCUUCAAACAUGACUGGCCCCAGCUUCCGGAACUCCCUGGAAUUAACUAUUCAAUGGACGAGCAGUGCCGCUUUGAUUUUGGGGUGGGAUACAAAAUCUGUACAUCAUUUCGCACGUUCGACCCUUGCAAGCAGCUGUGGUGCAGUCACCCCGACAAUCCGUACUUCUGCAAGACAAAGAAGGGGCCUCCCUUGGACGGAACGGAGUGCGCACCUGGGAAGUGGUGCUACAAGGGGCACUGCAUGUGGAAGAACGGUGACCAGCUGAAGCAGGAUGGUGCCUGGGGUGCUUGGACCAAAUAUGGCUCGUGCUCCAGGUCUUGCGGGACGGGGGUGCGGUUCAGGACCCGGCAGUGCAAUAACCCAGCACCUUCCAAUGGAGGUCAGGACUGUCCUGGAGUGAACUACGAGUAUCAGCUCUGCAACACAGACGACUGCCCCAAGCACUACGAGGACUUCCGGGCCCAGCAGUGCCAGCAGCGCAACUCGCACUUCGAGUUCCAGAACGCCAAGCACCACUGGCUGCCCUACGAGCACCCGGAUGCCAAUAAAAGAUGUCACCUGUACUGCCAAUCAAAAGAAACUGGGGAUGUGGCUUACAUGAAGCAGUUGGUCCACGAUGGAACAAAAUGCUCGUACAAGGAUCCCUACAGCAUCUGUGUGCGAGGGGAAUGUGUGAAAGUGGGCUGCGACAAAGAAAUCGGUUCAAACAAAGUGGAGGAUAAGUGCGGGGUCUGCGGAGGGGACAACUCGCACUGCAGAACAGUUAAAGGAACCUUCACUCGCACCCCCAAGAAAACCGGUUACCUUAAGAUGUUUCUCAUCCCGCCUGGUGCUAGGCAUGUAAUCAUCCAAGAGCAUGAGGCUUCCCCUCACAUUCUUGCAAUCAAGAAUCAAGCAACAGGACAUUACAUUCUGAAUGGAAAGGGAGAGGAGGUGAAGUCGAAGAGCUUUAUUGACCUGGGCGUGGAGUGGGAUUACAUCAUCGAGGAUGACGUUGAGACACUCCACACCAACGGACCCCUGCAUGACGCCGUAGUUGUGCUGAUUAUACCACAGGACAACGAGACAAGAUCUACUCUGAUGUAUAAGUACAUUAUACAUGAGGACUCGGUGCCAAUCAACAACAAUAAUGUCAUACAGGAAGACUCCUACGAGUGGGCUCUGAAAAGCUGGUCACAGUGUUCUCGGCCCUGUGCAGGAGGGUUCCAAUACACUAAGUACGGAUGCCGUAAAAAGGGCGAAAGCAAGAUGGUCCACCGGAGCUAUUGUGAUGUGAGCAAGAAGCCCAAACCAAUCCGAAGGAUGUGCAACCUACAGGAUUGCACGCAGCCCCAGUGGAUAGCCGAAGACUGGGAGCACUGCACCAAGACGUGCGGCAGCCUGGGCUAUCAGAUUCGCACUGUUCGCUGCGUGCAGUUCCUCCACGAGGGCACCAACCGCUCCGUCCACAGCAAGUACUGCAGUGGAGAGAAACCUGAGAGCAGGAGGCCCUGCAACAGAGUGCCCUGCCCCGCUCAGUGGAGGACCGGAGCCUGGUCUGAGUGCUCGGUGACCUGUGGGGAGGGGGUGGAGCACCGCCCGGUGACGUGCCGAAUCGGAGAUCAGUGUAACGGAGAGAAACCGGAAACCUCCAGACCAUGCAGGCCUGGGCCAUGCCAUGAUGAACCCUGCACUGGUGACAAGUCCAUAUUCUGUCAGAUGGAGGUUCUGGCCCGAUACUGCUCCAUUCCAGGCUACAAUAAACUCUGCUGCGAUUCCUGCAGCAAGCGCAGCAGCACUCUGGCUCCGUACCUGUCCGAGGGGGCUGAGGAGGCCCGAUUCGGGUCGGCCCUGCCCUCUUGGCUCCUAGACGCCUCAUCGUCCGCCGCGCUAUCCAACGGCACUGGUGCACUACCCGGAGGACCCCUCCGCCAAAGCCUCAAGGCAGGCACGAUGUCGGGAAGCACGCCGGCCGACUCCACCCCGAAGGCGGUUCCCCCUGCCGGCAGUAACAAGACAAGCAGGCGAGGUGCACCUCCGAUCAACCGCGGUGCCAGGGAUCAGUUUGGCGCGGAUGCCCGCCGCAUGCCCUCUCCAAAACGAGUCAACGCGACAGCCCGACCGCCUCCCGACCCCAGCUCGCCCGGGGUGGACACGCCCCGUGAGAGCCGGUGGCCCGCAACAUCUUCUGAAGUGGAGAGAUGAAGCCAAGCCUCCCCUCCACCCCAC